GCCGUGGGCGCCUGCCUGCAGGUGUCUUAGUUUUUCUCGCCCCUUCUGGAGGACCUGGCUGGGCUGGGCGGGCACUGCUUACCACAUCCUCUCGAUCCCCACCCCUUGCCUGGCCUCAGACAGACACCACAGCCUCUGCUGGUGGCCCUGUGUUUCAGGCAAGUGCAGCUGCCUGCCUACUUCUCCUGGAGUGUGCCGGACAGACGCUUGCCUGUCUGACAGCAGGUCUGUCCAUCCCUGGGGCGGCUCACUCGCCCUAGCCCAGCCCCAGCCCCAGCAGCCUCAGCUCCAGUCCUAGUCACGUCCUGUCUCAGUCUGGCUGUCCCAGCUCUGCUGACUCCCUCUAUGUGAGUCCUGCCUAAAUGUCCGGCUGACCCUCAGCCCCAGGACUGUCUCGGUGGUGACUCUCUUAGAUUCUGGACUUGCACCUGAUUGGUCCCCUGCCCACCUUAAAUCCAUACCAUCAAUCACUCUGAGUCCCACUGUGACUCCCAGCUCCAAGCGGCUACCCGAUUGCACCAGUCUGAGGAAUGGCUUUCUGAGGAGGACCUUAAAGAACCAGGUCUGGGACACAGCAUGCCACAGGGCCUGGCUGCUCCCUUGCUCCUGCUGAUCCUCCAGGGAGCUCUGGGCUGCCUGGACCUCACCUGCUACACUGACUACCUCUGGACCAUCACCUGUGUCCUGGAGACGUGGGACCUCCACCCCAACACACUCACCCUCACCUGGCAAGAUGAAUACGAGGAGCUGCAGGACAAGGAAACCUCUUGCAGCCUGCACAGGUCGAGCCACAACGCCACACAUGUGUGGUACACGUGCCACAUGCCCUUGUCUGGAUUCAUGGCCGAUGAUGUUUUCGUUGUCAACACGAUGGACCACUCUGGCAACAACUCCCAGGAGUGUGGCAGCUUUGUCCUGGCUGAGAGCAUCAAGCCAGCUCCCCCUUUCAAUGUGACCGUGACCUUCUCUGGACGCUAUGUUAUCUCCUGGCACUCUGAUUAUGAAGACCCCGCCUUCUACAUGCUGAGGGGCAAGCUACAGUACGAGCUGCAGUUUCGGAACCUCAGAGACCCCUAUGCUGUGAGGCUGGUGACUAAGCUGAUUUCAGCAGACUCAAGGAACGUCUCCCUUCUCCCUGAAGAGUUCCACAAAAGCUCUGUCUACCAGCUGCAGGUGCGGGCAGCACCCCAGCCAGGCACUUCAUUCAGGGGGACCUGGAGCGAGUGGAGUAGCCCUGUCAUCUUUGAGACCCAGGCUGAGGAGCCCAAGGCCGGCUUGGACCUCCGCCUGUUGCUGCCCCUCCUGACUGUCUUGGUCCCUGUCCUGGUUGUCAUGGGUCUGAAGAACAACCUUCCUUGGAGGUUAUGGAAGAAGGUCUGGGCACCGGUUCCCAGCCCUGAGAAUUUCUUCCAGCCCCUAUACUGGGAACACAGAGGCAACUUCAAGAAAUGGGUGGCUACCCCUUUUACGGCCUCCAGCCUGGAGCUGGCACCACAGAAUCCCACGGCAACCUCAGUUCUACAAGUGCAUGACAGCUGUUCAUCAUCAUACCCAGUCAAGGGAAAGAAGUUCCCGGGACCACCGGGUCUGGAAGAGCAGCUGGAGUGUGAUGGGGUGUCCGAGCCUGGUCACUGGUACACAGGCCCCUUGGCAGCUGUCCCAGAGCAUUCAGCCUACAGUAGCGAGGAGAGUGACCGGCCGUAUGGUCUGGUGUCCAUCGACACAGUGACUGUGGGGAAUGCAGAGAGCCCAUGUGCCUGGCCCUGUAGCUGCGGGGCGGAUGAUGGCUACCCAGCCCUGAACCUGGAUGCUGGCCCAGAGUCUGGCCCUAAUGCAGAAGACCUGCUCUUGGUCACAAACACCACUUUUCUGUCAUGUGGCUGUGUCUCAGGUGGUGGCCUCAGGCUGGGAGGUUCCCCUGGCAGCCUCCUGAGCAGGUUGAGGCUGCCCCUUGCUGAGGAAAGGGACUGGACAGCAGGCCUACCCUGGAGAACUGGGUCCCCAGGAGGGGGCUCUGAGAGUGAAGCAGGCUCACCCCCCGGCCUGGACAUGGACACUUUUGACAGCGGCUUUGCAGGCUCAGACUGUGGGAGUCCCGUGGAGAGUGAUGAAGGCCCCCCUCGCAGCUAUCUCCGCCAGUGGGUGGUCAGGACCCCUCCACCUGUGGACAGUGGAGCCCAGGCUAGCUAGCAUUCCAUAGCAAACUGUGAUGAGAAGAGGCCAGAAGCCUGUAGUCUCUGGGUGGGCCUUUGAGCCUGACAUGUACAGUGUGAAUAUGUAGGUGUGUGUGUGUACAUGUGUGGCUUGAGUGUGUGUUAGCACAUCCAUAUGUGAGAAAUGCCUGUGCAUGCCUUGUGUUCACUGUCAUACCUGUGUGCGUCUGCCUGGGCUCACUGUGCGCAUGCCUGAGUGCAGGUGUCUCUUAGACACGAGCCUCUGACUCCUCCCUUGCAGACAUGUGAGGUGUCCAGAGUCAGUAUCAAGAGACUGGUCCAGGUUGCUGCCCCGGGGCACUAUCACCAAAGCCAGCCCUACCAGGUACCAUAUCCAGAACCUAUGAAGUCCAGGCCGUUACUGCCUUCUCUCCUUGGGCAGGGGAUACAGUAGUGUCCAUUGGAGUGGGAAGGUUGGGGGGACCUAGGAGUGUAGUUGUGAACCUCAGCUUUGGUGCCUCUAGGCCAUGCAACCUGAAGAAGUCACUCCUGAGCCCUGCUGACUUUGCUUUCUUGGCCAUUAGAACAGAACGGUACAACUGCCCCAUGCAGCUUGUGUCCCCUUUCACUUUCUUGACUUUUGUGGCCUUUAGGACCAGGUGCAUGCCCUGAGGCAGGAGGAUGAAAAAAGUCAGCCUACACCUAUAGCCUGGGUAUCCAUGGAGAAUCUGCCAAGGGCACUGAGUGGGUUUUUGGACUGAGAUAUACACAGCCUAGUCUCUCAGAAACAGUACCACCAACCAAGGAUUUUUUGUUUUGUUUGUUUGGGGUUUUUUGUUGGUUUCUGUUUUUCCCUGGCUUAUUAAAAAAUUGCUCUAAGUACUCAGGGAAUAUUUAUUAAGUAUCAGGCAUGGGGAGAGGGUACAGAGCACAUUACCCACAGAACCCUCUGUGUGAGACCCACAGAGUGGACACAAAGGAGCCAUCAAGAGGUAUCUUCUAGGGUUUGGACAGAUGGCUCAGUGGUCACUGGCUGCUCUUUCAGAGGACCCAGGUUCAAUUCCCAGCACCUACAUGGCAGCUCACAGUUCUAGGGAACCCAAAACCCAUGGUAAAACACUAAUACAUAUUUAAAAAAGAAAGAAGGAAAGAAAGGAAAAGAAAGGAAGGAAGGAAGCUUCUGGGCAUUCUGUAGCAAGUACCUGCUCUUCCCCUGCCAUGUUUGUCCUGGGGACUUAGGGAAGAUCCCCUUGCACCCGGUGACUCCUGUGAGCGUGCUGUGUGAGGGAAGUUAAGAAGUAUGGGGUGGUAUUGGAACACUCCUUCCUGGACACCAGGACACUAUAGGAGCUAGACAGUGCUAAGAUUGCUUAGCUCUUGUCUUUUUCUUUCUCCUCCCUCCACCUCUUUUUCUCCCUCCUCCUUCCCUCCCUUAUCCUUUGUCCUUUUCUUCUUGAAUGGUCUGUUCUUCCUGCAGGGGUGCCCACCUGAGAUGUGCAGUGGCAUUUGUGAAACCAGACAAGGUUGAGGCAGCGGAGAGCCUGACCUGCUCUGGACACUGUGGGAAACCUCCAUCCUGGCUGGGACUCCAGGAUGCAGCAUCUCCCCUCAAUGGCUGGGGAGAGGCUGUCUAUCUGUCCAGUCUGCAGAGCUGGACCAGAAAGCAAUCAGCAGAAAUCAGCCAAAAGUUCCUCAGUCUCAUGUGUAAAACAGGGUCGGUGGUGGAGUCAUGAUGUCCUCAGCAUCCGACUCAGGGAUGGAAAGUUCUGGAACACUGGUAGUUUCAACAGUGAGACGGAUGGAAAGUUCUGGAACACUGGUAGUUUCAACAGUGAGACUGCACCUAGGACCAGGGUGUGUGAGGCUCUCAGACCAGCAGAAACCACAGCUCCUUUCCUGCACGUGCAUACAACCCCACCCUGCUGCACCCCCCAGACACUUAGACCAAAGUGUGCUGUGGUUUUCACAUCCUCUGGGAACCACAGACUGCAGGUGUUCUUGGCAGCUCUCCAGGGAGCCAGUUCAGCCCCCCAGCCGGGAGAGUUCCUGACUGGGGUGUGGGCAGGAAGAACAUUCAGGCCUGAGUGCUGGCCCUCCAUUUUUAAAGGAACAAACAUGGACGCAAAGCUGGAGGCAAGAGCUUGACUACUAUGAUUUAGUAGUGGGUGUACAGGAAGAUGGUGAAGGGUUUGAGGAAGGACAGCUGGACGGAGAGACAGACACACACUGCACAAGAGUGGGUGGACCAGAUGCAGUCUAUGAAGCUGUCUGCCCCCACUUUCUACCCCAGCCCUGCACGCAACAGGUGCUUAAUAAAGCAGUAAAGCCUG